GAUUGAACGCAAACUCGCUGGAUAUGGACCUGACAAAGACCACAAAGACACCAUCUUGUCUGUUAAGCAUCAGGUCCAGGGAUUGAUCGAAGAGGCCACGAGUGUAGAGAAUUUGGCCCAAGGCUACGUUCUGGGAUGGCUGCCUUAUUGGUAGAUGCAUGAACGUCAUUGGGUCAAGCUGUAUGUAGCUGAGCAGAGGGCGGCGGGAAGUCUCCUGGCUCAUGUAAUUGUAUACAUUGGUCGCACUCCAGACCUGAAACCUGACGAAUCUCUGCCACAUUUGCGCUUGCCAUCCUAAAAUCGUCGACGCAAUUCCAGUUCUGGCUGUGAUUUCAUUCCUAUCCUAGCACGUCCAUUGCCGGAUCGCGUCAAGCGUACAACAUUCGGUGGAGGGUGCGGACCUCGAACCGAGCAGAGGAUGGCUCGACAAAUGGUAGACCUCGAGGAUGAGCUGUCCCGAAUUUGGGCGUUAGUUGGAGAGCUGUCAGAGCAAUUGUCCAACAACCGAGCGCUUGUCACUCAACUCACCACCCGUUCUGACAACGUUAAAGGUCAAGCAGCGCAUGUCGGAACAGGCUUCCCGUUACGUCGAUUCAAUCUCGACAUCGCUGAUGAGGAGUUCCAAUCCGAGCUCGAAAAGUUUGCGUCCCAUCUGAUCCUCGAGAACCAACAGCUGCAACAUGAGAAUAAACAGGUCAACAAUCUGCUCAAGGAGUAUGAGAUGACCCUCGAAACGGUCAUGGGCAAAUUCAGAGGUGUAGCUCACGCUUCUCAACAACACGACCUAUCACUUCAUUCCUACUACAGCUCUCUUCUUCAGAGUCUUCAGACAGCCCACUCUUCCGCUCAACUGCACGAUGACACUUCCCUCUCGCUCCUACUCGCACGUUUGUCCACACUCCUUCGCUCUGCGCUCCGGUCCAUGGGCGGUGAAGAGGCGGACAGCGCGGCCGAGGCAUUGCUGUCGCUACGUAUUCACAACGGCUCUAUCAUAUCGUCAUCGGAUGACAGUCCGCCGCCGUCAGCAUCAUCUUCGAGCGGACAGAAAGCAUCCAGUUCGAGAAUAUUUGGUCGCAGUCGCAUAACGCCAUUUGCUGGCUUCCAACCAGGAUCGACAGGAGGCUAUGCUGGAACAGAUGGUCAGAAAGACUGGGCGAUGGAGCGAGAGAUGGAAAUUCAGCGGCUGGAAGAGGAGAAUAGAGCAUUGAGAGAGAUGCUGGCCAUCUCAGAAGAGUCAUCAGCAAGUGCAGCUGUGGAAGAAGAUCUCGAGUUGGAGGAGAAAGCAUUCGAGCCGAAGGAUAUCUCUCGGAAGAGUUCAUUGACUGUGGAAGAGCUGGAAGCAAGCGCGGAGCAGGAGGCCGCGGAAUUGGAAGAGAGACAAAGAGCGGUGGAAGCUGGCGAGCUGGAGCCCGAAGAAUCAAGGCGUCUGAUAUCUAACGAAGCUGAGACUGGGCCAGGCACAGGACUAGGAGGAGGCGGUGGUCUGAGAGAUGGUCAACAGCGGCCCGUCCUCACCCAAAGUAUAUUGGGUUUCACGGCCGACAUGAUUCCACCAGAAGAGGCCAUAGAUGAUCGACCAGAGGCUCCGGAGACUGAGUAGAGUUGCGAACACAUCUGCAUAUAACGAUUUUGGAUGACUUCUCAAGUAGACUGUGUAUAUCUAUAUCAUGUAUUCAUCAUCGAGUAUUCU